AUGGAUAAUAUUACACUGGAUCCAAAGUGGUGGGCGGUGCACGUUAAAGACUCCGUCCUCCCCUUGAAACCCAGAGGUGAGGCCCUUUUAUCCCCCCAUUCUCGAUCUUAUUCACCAACACUCUCCGUCGACCACAAUAGCGCCGAGGUCGUUUUCGCGGUGGCGGUUGAGAGACACCCGCUUGUUCGUUUUGCUGCUCCCAGGUGGGAGUCGUACUCAGGUUAUGCUCCACAGUGGAUGGAACUGACAUUGGAGGCUUACCGAAACAUUGUCAAAUACGUCGGAAGCCGAGCUGAUAUCGCAAAUCUCUGUCUAGUUUCCAAAGGACUCCGGCGCGCAGCGGAACGAGCCCUCUACAAUACCCUUUUCCUUCGCGAUGAUGAAGAGACGACGAUCCUAUGCAAUACCCUGGCAAACUCCUCGCGCCUCGCCUUCCUCGUCGACGCGCUUACGAUUUUCCUCUCAGAAGAAUCCGAUAGCAGUGAUGAAGAAAGUGACUACAUCCAACAAGAGCAUACCGACUUGUCCGUCACCUUCUGGCCGUCUGUCGCACGAGCGCUUCAGAAUACGACCCGACUCCGAUAUCUCAACGUGCACAUCAAUAAUGGCUCAACGACAGCAGUGGCCUGGAUUCUGCGGGGGUGUACAUUUCAGCUACGGCGGUUUCACUGCGACUUCGAUUGGAACGACGACCUCGUUACUUUUCUCGAUGCGCAGAAUGACCUCGAGGACCUUUACAUCCUGGACUACAACAACAAUCAUACCACCCCCACCCCCACAUCUACCGACUCAUCUCUCCAUCCUAUCAUCUCACUCGGCGCCCAAUCCAUCCCCAAACUCGCCAUUUUGGAAUGUACCUUUUCCGAAGCAGCUGUCGCGCUCGUGCCAGGGCGUCCAGUUACGCAUCUCAAAACGUGUUUCUCUCGUACGGAGAUUGCUUCUAAACGGGAGGAAAUGCGUCAGCUGCUGGCAAAGGCGUCCACGUCAACGGUUCCUCUCCAUUCCCUCGAUUUGGCGGACUCGUCGUAUACCGAGCAGUUUUCCGCCGAGCUCCUUGCGGCUAUCGUCAAUACGAGGUCAUUGGUGACCCACCUGCACUAUCUUGGAACGCUCGUGCUGCCUGUCGACGGACGUGAGCGCCUUCGAUUCUACGGCCAUCUCAUGCGCUUCUCAAAGAUCCAGUGCGUCGAGUUCGAGGUCUCCAAGUGGCAGCCGCCGCCGUCAUCGCCAGCUGCUCUCAGGGCCCUGGCAGGUGAACUACGGCUAUACGUCCCGUCGAUCAUCCGAGUCGUUUUUGUGCAUGACUUUGACAGAAGUGUGGUCACGGCCGUGGAUGGGGUUUGCCGGGUGGAUGCAGAGAUAAGCACCGAACUUCUCUGGAGAGAGAAAUAG